UUCCGGUUUUUAUGAAAAUUAUUGUUCUGCUUUUUUGGCUCAUUAAUUAUAAGAAUUUUAGUCACAGUGAACCAAGAAUGGAUUCUAAACAGUGCCAUGUAUGUGGAGAAGUUUUCAUCAAUGUUAGCGUUGUCUGGUCACACAUAAGUAGUCAUUCUAGAAAGGAGAUUUACGAUUGUCUUGUUGCAUUCAAAUCAUCUUUAGAAAUUUUUAUGAAACAGUAUUUUGCAUUGAAAGAGUACGUAGACUCAUAUUUAAUCCAUGGAAAUUGUAAAGAUAAUGAAGAAAAUGGUGAAAACAAUAGUACAGCUAAUAUGGUAGGCGGGAACUUGCAUUCAGAUAAACAUGUAUUUCAAAGAAAAGAUCAAAAUUCUGAUUCAAAAACAUCAGAAAGAAUAAAAAAUAAUAGAAAAGAAAGAUGCAAAAGCAAUGAUGAAAAAAAGGAACAACCUGAUGAUGAUGUUGUUGUUUUGACCGAAACUGAUUUUAGACAUGAGACAGAAAUGAAUAAUAGAUUCAUUUCUGAUAAUGAUAGGUGCAAUAAAUUUGAAUCAGUAAUGGGAGAUAACUCUCUUUCAGCAUCAAAGGGAGACAACUUAAAUCCUAAAUCUGGAGAAACAUCAUUUUCAGAGCUAACAAAUUUACAAACAAAAUCUGAUGUUGAACAUAAUUUAUCAGUGAUAGAUCUUUCCGAAGUUGAACAUGAAGACGAAGACAUGGAUACCAAGCUUGAGAUACCGUAUGAUCCAUUAGAAUCUGAUAUCCAAACCAACACGUAUCAAGAGAAAGAAAGUGAGAAAACUACCAAAAACAUGUAUCUGUAUGAAACAUCAAAUCAUAAGGGUGAAAAUAAUACAGACAACCAUAAAAACGUGAGAGAUGUAAAACCUGUCCUCACUGUCACAGGAAAAACAAUUCAGAUGAUUGCAAGGGAAAUCAGUUUGAACUCGGGAAGAGAUAGAAUCAUGAAAGAAACAACUUGUGAAGAAUGCGGUAGGACUUUUGCAACUAAAUUUGUCCUGCGUCGACACAUGAUGUCACAUACCGGGGAAAGAACUCAUGCAUGUCCAACAUGUGGUAAAGGGUUCAUUGGGAAACAAAACAUGAUGGUUCAUCUUCGUGUUCAUACUGGUGAAAAACCUUAUAAAUGUUCAUACUGUGGACAACAGUUUUCACAGUAUGGUACAUUGUACCGCCAUAGGAAACGUCAUACCUCUGACAUCCGAACUGCAAACCUUACAGCAUUUUAGUACUUAGGAUAAUUAUCUUUAAUAAAUGUUAAUUGUUGUGUUUUAA